UAGUACAGUGCUGCAUGAAUUCUCCUCGACUUGACACCACAUCCUUAAAUACCAUAAUACAAUAAGGUCAGGCAUUUAUUCGUACGCUACUAUUUGGGCGAAAAAAGGGGCCGCCCAUAUCGCGCAGCGUCAGCACAGCAGUGAGGUCCAAAUCAAGCCAAGUUUCCUGACAGCGUUGCACGAGCCUCCUUGUUUGGUUGGUGAAUCGGAAACCUCUGGUUGUCCCGUUAGUUCAUACACCCAAGAAAAGGUGCUUGCCUCGAACGCUUGAGCUGACUGACUCCUUCUCAAGCUUGACCCUUGAGAUGGACUCCCAAUUACAAGUUGGCUUCAUUGGUGCAGGGAACAUGGCUUUCGGCAUUGCGAAGGGCAUCUUGUCUGGGAAUGUUCCCCCUACGAAUGUCAAAGUGAGCGCGCCGUCUCUCAGGAACCUCGGACGCUUUCAGGAGCUGAACAUCUCCACAACUCACUCCAACACUGAGGUCGUGUGCAGUUGCGAUGUUCUCUUUGUAGCAGUAAAACCUCAUUUAGUUCCAACAGUUCUCAGUGAGAUCUCGCACCACGUCACCGACAGACACACGAUUGUCUCCGUUGCCGCCGGAGUCACGCUGGCAACAUUAGAGGAAGGGGCACUCUUAUUUACACGGGGGACUCAUGCGAAACAAGAGCACGGUGCUCUAUUGUGCUCCUUGUUGCAGCGCUGUGGUUUGGUUGAAGAGGGACCCGAGGCCUGGAUUGACAUCCACACUGGACUGAGCGGGAGCGGAGUUGCCUUUGUAUACCUCUUUGCAGAGGCCCUGGCCGAAGGAGCAGUUAAAAUGGGCAUGCCCGGCGCUCUCGCCCAUAGAAUUGCAUCUCAGACUGUUCUGGGUGCUGGUCAGUUAUUACUUGAGUCCGACAAGCAUCCAGCUCAGCUGCGUUCGGAGGUCUGCACCCCAGGUGGCACAACCAUCUACGGGCUUCAUGCGCUGGAACAAGGAGGUGUGAGGGCAUCAACCAUGGCUGCCGUGGAAUCUGCAACUGAGAGAGCGAGGGAGCUUGGUCGAAAGACAGCGGGAUCAGGAAGCAUGAAAUAAUACCUGUGCACAUCCUCUUCAAACUCUGUAAAGUCUUAAUUGCAAAGUAUGCUUUCUUCUCUGUUUUGCUGUUUAAAGAUUAAAAUAUUUCUUUUGUCAUCUAUCCU